CAUAGACAAUUCAUCCAUUCGUCAGUUUUCGGGCGAGGAGGCAGCGCAGUUUAGUGUUUUAUUGAGCGGCCUGCCAUCAGAAAACUGUAAAAUGGCAAAAACUCUCUCAGCUUCCCAGGCAGACAAGGAACAUGCCCUGGUCGUAUCCCGCGACUUCAUAUCCCAACCCCGUCUGACAUACAAGACGGUGUCGGGUGUAAAUGGGCCACUGGUCAUCCUCGACGAGGUCAAGUUCCCUAAGUUCUCUGAAAUUGUACAGCUGAGACUUGCAGAUGGCACCCUACGUUCGGGACAGGUGUUGGAGGUCAGCGGCAACAAGGCCGUGGUCCAGGUGUUCGAGGGUACCUCGGGUAUUGAUGCUAAAAACACACUGUGCGAGUUCACCGGUGACAUCCUGAGAACUCCUGUGUCCGAAGAUAUGUUGGGUCGUGUAUUCAACGGUUCCGGCAAGCCCAUAGACAAGGGACCCCCAAUCCUGGCCGAGGACUUCUUGGACAUCCAGGGUCAGCCCAUCAACCCCUGGUCACGUAUUUACCCCGAGGAGAUGAUUCAGACCGGUAUAUCCGCCAUUGACGUGAUGAACUCCAUCGCCCGCGGUCAGAAGAUCCCCAUUUUCUCGGCCGCCGGUUUGCCUCACAACGAGAUUGCGGCACAGAUCUGUAGACAGGCCGGUCUUGUCAAGGUGCCUGGUAAGUCUGUCCUCGACGACCACGAGGACAACUUCGCCAUAGUAUUCGCCGCUAUGGGUGUGAACAUGGAGACGGCUCGUUUCUUCAAGCAGGACUUCGAAGAGAACGGCUCUAUGGAGAACGUGUGCCUGUUCCUUAACCUGGCCAAUGACCCCACCAUCGAGAGGAUCAUCACACCGCGUCUGGCUCUCACCGCCGCUGAGUUUUUGGCUUACCAGUGCGAGAAACACGUGUUGGUCAUCCUGACUGACAUGUCUUCGUACGCUGAAGCCCUGCGUGAAGUGUCCGCCGCCCGUGAGGAGGUACCCGGACGACGUGGUUUCCCCGGUUACAUGUACACCGAUCUGGCCACCAUCUACGAGCGAGCCGGACGUGUGGAGGGUAGAAACGGUUCCAUCACUCAGAUACCCAUCCUGACUAUGCCCAACGAUGACAUCACCCAUCCCAUCCCUGACUUGACGGGUUACAUUACCGAGGGACAGAUCUACGUCGACCGUCAGCUUCACAACCGUCAGAUCUACCCACCGGUGAAUGUGCUGCCCUCUCUGUCCCGUCUCAUGAAGUCCGCUAUCGGCGAGGGCAUGACCCGCAAGGAUCACUCCGACGUGUCCAACCAGCUGUACGCGUGCUACGCCAUCGGUAAGGACGUGCAGGCGAUGAAGGCUGUGGUGGGAGAGGAAGCUCUCACGCCCGACGACCUGCUGUACUUAGAGUUCCUCACUAAGUUUGAGAAGAACUUUAUCACUCAGAGUAACUACGAGAACCGCACCGUGUUCGAGUCUCUGGACAUCGGCUGGCAGUUGCUGCGCAUCUUCCCCAAGGAGAUGCUGAAGCGUAUCCCCGCCUCCAUCCUCGCCGAGUUCUACCCGAGGGAUUCGCGUCACUAAACAUCAAACGCGCAAACCCGGUCUAAACUAUAACCAGAACGUCUCAGUGGCCAGACUCGCUUAUGACCGGUUCACUGUAAGAUAUUAUACUGUUUGUUAGUAAGUUGUUGAUAGUUAAUGUCAUGUUUCAAAACUAAAUUAUAUGGAAUCGUGUUGCUUAUGAAAUGUUUAACUGCUUCUCGAUGUACAUACGGGCGAGGAAUACACUAUCCGUUUGGUGCAGCCAUUAAUUGUUUAUGGAAUUAUUUUAUCUGUGGCGGGUAACGCCGCGGCUAUGCUUUAUGUAAAUAGUAUUAAACUGAUGUCCCCGAGUAACGAAACGUUACAUUCCAAUUUCCUCAUUCACUCGUUCAAAUUCUAUAUUCAAUGAUGUAAGUGAAUUAGGAUUGUUGUUUUAAUGAAAUAAAGAUAUAGAAGUUUA